AUGUUAAGCUUUAGCUCGUUUAUCUUUAGCCUGCUGCUGCUGCUGCUGCUUCUAGCUGGCGGCUUGAACUCUUUUCCAGAAUUAGCAGAACAAGAAACGCCAGGAACUAAUUUUAUCAACAACAUCAUAGAGAGAGUUCAGAGGGAAAGAUCCGUGGAUACGCUGUUGCUAAUGCAACGCCGGCAGGACAGCAACUGCCCUUUGCAGGACAUCAAUUCCUUGGAAAUAUCUAUUCUUCGCCUAGAUGAACGAAUCACAAUUAACAUAAAGCAGCUCUUUAACAGCGAGGCCCUCACUCUGGUUUGCAUGGCCGAGCACAGAGAUGCCGUCCUGCUGAGCACCUUGGCCCAGAAUCUAAAUCGCAUGAGAGCGGCGCCAAUCAUUGUGUUGUUACAUAUUAUGGACUCGGAUCUACAGGAAUUUCUGUCUAUUAUCACCGAACAGGCAGAGAGAUAUAGUUUGAUCAACCUCUUGGUUUUACGUACAGGCUCGUAUGCUCUCGAAGACUCGAUAAUUGUCUAUAGAUUACAACCAUUUCCCAAUGUAACUCUUAAACUUAUAAGUAAUUUAAAUAAGGUACCAUUGUUUUUGCCAGUCUGGCGAGACUUCCGCCGAAAGGUGGCCAUAACAGUGCCCAGUCUUUAUCCACCGAGCAGUUAUCUGCUCUUGGACAAGCGCACGGGCAGCCAAUAUCUGGACGGCUUCAUGGUUCGACUCGUAAAGGAGUUUGCCCGGAAAUAUAACAUAGAACUACGCCUGCUAAGAGCUGAGAAUGAGAGUACUUGGAUCGAUAGUCGGAAUAUUGAGAUAAUGGUAUCGAAGGGUGAAGUGGACUUCCCAAUGCAUGGACGCAUACAGACAUUCAGCACGGAGUCUUCGGCCUAUGUGGAUAUCGUUGAACUAUUUGUUGUCGUUCCCUGCGGCCAGGAAAUGAGACUGGCUGAUGUUUAUAAAAGUAUGAGAACCUACUUUUUUGUGAUGCUUGGCGCCUACUUUCUGUUUGCGCUGCUCGAGACAACGCUUAAGCUGGCCAGCCAGCACAUCUGGCGGCGCAGCUCGCGCCUCGGCUAUUCAACAUUUUUCAUAAAUCUGCAAUCAUUUGCAGGCAUUCUGGGUCAUCCCAUUGGCAUGCGGCGGUAUCGAAGCCUAUCGCUGCGACAGUUUCUUAUGGUCAUGAGCAUAUUCAGUUUGGUUUUCGGCUGUUAUUUCAAUGCCAACCUGAGCGCUCUGCUGACCAAGCCGCCCUGCUAUCAACACGUCCAGAACUUUGAGGAGCUGGCGGAAAGCGGAUUGCCCGUCAUGUUCGACAAAAUCAUUGCGAAUGUGACUGAGGUUCAGGUGAAAAAUCAACUCUUGAAAAUACCCAAUAUUGUUCUCAUGCCGAACAAUCAACGCAACGAUAUGAUGUUUGCCCUGAACUCGAGCAAUGCCUAUCAGGCAUUCAGUAAGUUGUGGGAUAUCGUGAAUAGUCACCAGAAGAAUUUCAAAAGGCAUGUCCUGUGCGCGUCGCCAGGACUGAGCCUUUUCCAUGGCUAUCCCAUUGUGGGCCUUUUGAGGAACAAUUCUAUUUACAUAAACGCUGUCAACGAGUUUAUUUAUAAGGCUCACGAAGUUGGUCUCUGCCACCACUGGCAACUGGCCUCUAUGCGCAGCUUGGUGGCAUCCAAGAAGGAGCUUGUCGAUCCAAUAAGCUCACAUACAGAGUUUACGCACGCUCCAUUAAAUAAUGAGGAUCUGCUCUGGGUUUGGAAACUGUUGGCAAUAUUAUAUGCCGCAGCAGGAUUUGUUUUCAUCGGAGAAUUGAUCAUGGCUCGCUGGCAAAGACGGGGUGCCGCAAAAGCAUUCUCAAGGGUCUAG